AUGUUAGCACAAUUAUCAUCAAAUAAUGACAACAAUAAUUCAAAUAUCAUUGAUUUAUUAUAUCAUUUAUGCAAAGAAAAUGAAAUAGAAAAAGUUCAAAAUAUUUUACCAUUUAUUGGUAAUAUAAAUAUCAUCAAUGAAAUUCAAAGUUCAACUGGUUCGACAUGUUUGCAUGUGGCAUGUUAUUAUGGACAUCGAGAUAUGGUUAAAAUUUUAUUGGAAUACGGUGCUGUACAUUCCAUAAGAAAUUUACGACACAAUUUAACACCUUAUGAAGAAACUACUACUGAUGAUAUAAAACAAUUAUUUCUAGAACAUCAAAAAUUAUUUUCACAUAAUGAUCAUGAUUAUAUUGAAUGGUCAAUGGUAGGAGAUGAUCUCCUUGAAAAACGACGCGAAUUCCAUCAAGCUAUUGAUUUAUACAAAAAUUAUGAUAGUCAUCAUUUAGUAUCAAAAUUAUUAGCUGAAGUUAUUCAUUAUUAUUUAAAUGAAUAUUUGAUCAAUCAAAAUAAUAACACGAGUAAUUUGAAAGAUGAAAUCAUCCGUAAACAAAUUGAAACUAUUGAAGGAUAUUUCAAAGAAGCCAUUGAAAAACAAGAUUAUUUAACAUAUUUUAUCAAAGCUUAUACAUUAACAAAUUUCUUUUAUAAAGUAUUAAAUAAAGACUUAGCUUUAUAUAUAUUAGAAUAUUUCGACAAAACAAAAACGUUUUCAUCAAAUUAUCGUCUUGUCAAUUGUCUUGUUCAUAUUGUUACACUUUUAAUUUAUCAUCCAAAUUUGCCUCAAUAUCGAUAUCAAGGUACAUGUUCUCGUGGUAUGAGAAUAACACAAAGUGAUUUAAAUCAAUAUCAAUUAAACCGACAUAUAUUAAAUCGUGCAUUUUUAUCAACAUCUGUUGAUCGUCAAGUAGCAGAAAUGUUUGCUGGCGAAGGUCAACAAUCUCAAAUGAGAUAUACUCCUAAAGGCCAUUGUGCCUUACAAUAUUCAUGUUUAUGUCAAUAUUCAAUCAAACAAAAUUCAACAGCUAUCAAUAUACAAAAUCUAUCAACAAGACCUGAUGAAAAAGAAGUUUUAAUUAUUCCAUUUACUGUUUUUAAGGUAAUGGCAAUUAAACGAAAUUAUCUUGAUGAUCCAACAGCAUCAAUUUCAAUUGAAAUUGAAUUAGAAGAAUGUGAAGAUCCAAUUGACGAUAAAAAAGAAUCAGAAAGUGAUAAAGCAUCGAGAUCAUCAUUGUCAUCAUCUGAUAAUGAUAUCAAAGAUACGGAAGAAUAUGUAAAAUUUAAACAGCGAAAAUAUCUUUUUUAUGGCAUUAUUGGACUUUUGUUAUUGGCUGUUCUCUUGGGUUUAACUUUUACAUUCGUUUUUACUUUUGCUAUUAAAAGAAAUUCCACGAAAAAUGCAACGACUACAGCAGAAAUAGAUGAGACUUUCGAAUACCAAUUACCAUCAGGUUGUCCCAAUAUAUUAAAUCGAUCUAGCUGGAAUGCACGACCCUAUCUAAGUCGUGAGAAUUUACAAACAUUUCCGGUCACACAUAUUGUUAUAAGACGAUUGAAUGAUUCGCAACCAGUUAUGAAUCAACAAGAUUGUAUUAAAGAAAUAAAGGAGCUUCAAGAUGCUCAAAUGGAUACACGAGGUUGGGCUGAUAUUGGUUAUAAUUUUCUCAUAUGUAAUGAUAAUAAUGACCAACAACAAAUUUAUAGAGCAGCUCUUUACUCACUAUUUACUAAGGCAUAUCAUAAUGAGUAUAAACUGAUUCGGACAUAUUUACUUGGUGUUUGUAAUGAUAAACCCGCUAAUAGUUUAGUUCAAAAUGCGCCUGAACCCAUUGCGAAAUUUGGUUGUACUAUAUGCGAAAUAGCCGGGGAAAUUGUACUGUCAAAUUCAGAUGAACAAAUAUUACAUAAUAAAACAUCCUCAACAAAUAAAAAAAAACGAAUAGAUACGCACAAAAUUCGUGUUUUUCCUACAAAUGAAGAUGAUCAAAUACAGAUGCGUUCUACAGUUAGAUGUGAACUAAUUCUUGAUCAAUUAGCGAAAGCACAGCAUCAUGAUUAUCCUGUAACAAAUGAAGAAAAAUCAAAUUUACAAUUAGGUUAUCUUGGAAAAUGUCUUUUAACAGAACUAUCUUACUUUGAUCAUGGACAUUCAUUCUUGAUGGACACAUUGCAUACAAUCUACCAUGGUGCAUUUAAAAGACUUCUUAAAUUAUGGUUUCAUUCGAAAUAUCGGACCCAACAGUGGUCCAUUCGUCAACAUUUAAACCAUAUUGAAACUGAAUUGCAACAAUUUCGUUUUCCAUCAACAACAACGAGAAUACCUCGAACAAUUAUGAAAUAUCAUCGAUUAAAAGCAAAUGAAUUACGUGUACUUUUAUUAAUAACAUAUCCGAUAUUUAAAAAUUAUUUAAAACCAAUAUAUUAUAAACAUUUGCAACUGUUGUCAUUUGCAUUACACAUUGGUGAAUCAAGAGAAAUUACUUCGUCGAAACUGAAUGAAAUGAAAAUUCUGUUAGAUAAAUUUGUUUUUACAUUUCAUUUUUUGUAUGGUAAACGUCAUGUUGUUAAUACAGUUCAUUCAGUCGUACAUUUUCAUCAAACAGUCAAAUAUUAUGGACCACUAACAAAUUAUAGCACGUUUAACUAUGAAUCAUUGAUUGGUCAUCUUGCAACAACAAUUAAUGGAACAAAACAUUUACCACGUGAAAUCGAAAAUAACAUAGAAUUAAUUAAAAAUUCGUCAUUUUUAGGUGAUACGUAUUGUAUAUCCUCAUCAUUAUAUCCAUUAAUAUCACAAAUUCAAGGUUAUAAAACAAAACUAUCAGUAACAUCAAAUAAUUAUCAAUUACAAAAACCAACAUCAAAUAUUGAUAAGAACGACAAGCACGAACUAUUCUUAAAAUUUGGCAAAGAAUUAUCAUCAUAUAAUAAAUGCAAUAUAAAAGGUGUUACAUUUACAACCUUACAUUAUUCAAAAUCGAAACAAUUUCAAGACUGUGCUGUUCUUUAUAGACGUGAAAACGUACAUUGUUUUGGUCUUAUUAAUAAAAUUAUAUUAAUAACAACAUCAAAUAAUGUAUUGUUGCAAAUUUAUCCUUUACAUAAUAACAGAAAAGAUGAGAUAUUAUUGAAUUUUAAUACACAAAAAAUUUUGUGCGAUCAUGUUGAAUUUGGAACAAUUGAUUUUGAUCAUCAUAUUCAUAUUAAUUUAGAUGAUGUUAUUGAAAAAAUUAUCGAAUAUGAGAAAUAA